AUGGCGCAGCCAGCUGGAGAGCAGAGAGGGCUAGGGAGGAUUCUGACAGCUCUCACCCCUCGCCCAGAUCUUCCUGUCACCGCCACCCUUGUCCAGGACCGAGAAGAUGGACUGGUCCAGGCCGCGCUAAUCCUCUUUGUCUACCUAGCGGCCUUGAUGGAGAAUCUCCUCAUCGUCGUCGUCACGACCCUCGGCCGGCACCUCCACACCCCCAUAUACUUCCUCAGUCACCUAGAUGUUCAUCCUCACGACGAUGACCUGUACAGCGCGAUCUGCCAUCCGCUAUGCUAUGAGGUCUUCUGCGACAUCCCUUCCCUGCUAACGUUCUCCUGCUCCGAGAACCACGUCAUCAUCCAUGUGAGCGUUGCUAUUGGUUCCUGUUUGGGCUUUGUGUGCUUGGUCUCCAUUAUUGUGUCAUAUGCCUCCAUCUUCUCCACCGUGCUGAGGAUCCCAUCUGCUGGUAGUUGGUCGAAAGCCUUCUCUGCCUGCCUGCCUCACCUCCUGGUGGUCACCGUGUUUCUCACGAUGUCCAACUUCUAUCACCUCAAGCCGCCAUCAGACACCUCCCCGACCCUGCACCUGCUGGUGUCCGUGUUUCACACCGUGGUGCCCCGCGCCUUGAACCCUCUCAUUUGCAGCCUGAGGAACCGGGAUGUGAAGGCCGCCCUGGAGAAAUUACUAGGGGAGCAAUGA